AUGCAUUCUCGUCAUACCUCGGAAGUAUCGGCAGCUACACGACCAAGCCCACGGGCUUCUUCAAGCAGGCCGGCAAGCGGCAUCGUUAUCGUGUCGGUGCACCCUGGAUACGUGGACACGGAUAUGACCCAGGGCAAGGCCACGCCGAAGCCCGAGGACAGCGUGAUGGCCAUGGUCAGUCUUAUCGACAAGCUAAACCAUGAGAGCACGGGCAAAUUCUUCAACCUGGACCCGCAGAUCCCGUUGGCGGAGCUUCCGUGUAACUUCCCUUUGGCAAGCGGCAGCAUAGUCCGUCUGUGGUUCUUGAUCCACUAA